GCUGCACGGCGUCGGCAGCCUGUUUCCAGCCAUCUGGCUGGUCAUCCGGCCACGCAGUCGUCCCCUUAGACGUCUGGAGACAGAAAACCUCCAGGGAAUAUGGAGGAAUCACCACAACUUUCGUUUUCUUCUUUGCAGAGCGGCGUACGAGACGCAAUUUCCAAGGUGUUGGAAGUAACCCUGCAGGAUCGGAAGUACGAUGCGUCCAGCAUCGAAGAAUGGUCGGAUGCGAUAUGCUCCCAAACGUUGGCUGCCCUGAGAAGUAUCAGCGGCUCUUUCAAGUACACCGUCACGUGCGUGCUGACACAGAAGACGGGAGGCGGCUUUCACACCAGCUCGGCUGCAUGUUACGAGCCCUCGACCGACGGGUGCGUGGUGGAGAGAUGGGAAAACCAAAGCAUCCUCGCCAUCGUGGUCGUCUUCGGGUGCUCCUUGUAGAAGACUGCGCUGCCCCUCUAACAAUCUAUUUCGUGUGUGUUUAUCGUGUUCCGGGCGAUGACCCUGUUUUUUUUACUGUUGGGGACUUCGCGUAAGACCCGAUGACAAAGUACUCAUUAGGUGUGCACCCCUUGACACAAGAGAAAACCCCGCGGCGGUACAACAGUUUCGGGGAUAUGAUGAGUGGGAACUUGCGUAGAUAGUGACAGCGUCAGGUAAUUCAUCGGGAGAUCUCCGACUGGGCUUUCCGCGCUCGACUUGAUCCAGGCAGCGAUUUUACUCCCUGGCGCUUUCCCCGCGGAAUCGAAAGUGGGGUCCCCGGUGCACAGGACAGAUAAAUACACACGGAGGAAUUCCUUGUGUUCGUGUUUGCUCCCCCUAUCCCCCCGCAAAGAACUGGGUGUCGUUUGGUGUGUUCGUUUUUGAAUAGUUUGUUUAGCUCGUUGUCACUCAGAGCCUCUUUUGUUCGCCUUGCUGCGGCUAUGAGCGUGGCCACACCAUUGUAGAGUUAUAUAUGAAGAGAGUGUCUGAGGGGUAGCGCCACGAAGGGUCCUUCGUCUCUCACACGCCAGAUCGAGUCUCUAGGUUGGCAUCUCGAUGUAAACUGUGAUCGGGCGGCUCUUUGGAGAUCCACCUCGGGCUUGUGGUUGCAAGCACGAGGAGUACGUAGGGAGCAUCCGAUGACUGUAAACUGAGGGCGCAUGUGGCCCCUUCAGCAUUCGUAGCCGGGGGAGUUGUUUGCUUGUCGUACAGAAGCGUUUGUAGACAGCGGCGGCUGUCUAUCCCAACGGAACUAUUUGAUAGCGAAUUGCGUAUACAGUUCCGCGCCGUGGUUUGUUGUGUUUUUCUGCGUGGUGCACACUUCCGGCGGCACACUUCGACUAUCACGUUCAUAUAGGAAUGGCUGUCGGCUUGAUCUAUAGGCCAUGUUGCUCAAUAGCACGGGGUGAUGAAUCUUCCCCACUGUUUCGUACACGCACCCCUUGCCUCGGUUUCUGUCGUCACCUACCCUACACCACCGCACGUUUGCAGAAACAACUCCUGCCACAGCUCCUUAAGU